AUGGUCAAAAAGACAACAAAGGCCAACAAAGGUGCCUCAAAUGAGACCACAGCCACUGCUUUUAGGUUCCCUGACUCAAUUUAUAAUCUUAAUUCGAAAACUCGGAACUAUGAAUUCGUGCCAACACCCGAAUCAAUGAUGGAUGACAAGAUUAUAAUCGUCAACAAGUUCUUCUCCAAUCAAGUAUGCCAGGAGAUAUGUGCAAGUCUCUCACAACCAGGCGUUAUGGAGCUAUUUGAACAGAAAGGCACGAAGGAAUAUGCCGAGAGGCUAAAUGAACGAUUUGCGACAAACGAUGCUGCUGUAGCUCAAUUACUGUGGGAAAAGCUGUAUAAGUGCAUUGCAAAAAAUGAACACAUUUUGCAUAACCUGAAAUUCAUAAAUGCUAAGGGCCUUAACCCCCAGAUUCGGGCUUAUCGUUACGAAAAGGGACACCGAUUUGCCAAACACUACGACUCAUCAAUUGUGGUGCCCAAAAUGGGUAGCACUCACUGGACCCUGCUUCUAUAUUUAUCUGGUGGAGAUCAACUGGUUGGUGGGGAUACCAUAUUCUAUUCCUCUCAACAGACCGAUGUCACUGCGGUCCAUCCUCAGGUUGGAAUGGCUCUCUUGCACAAGCAUGGCGAUGAUUGUCUGUUACACGAGGCUCAAGAGGUCUACAGAGGGGUCAAAUGGGUUUUGAGGAGCGACGUAGUUUUUGCAUAA